CACCGCGCGGGUUAUAAGCGCUGCCCACCGGCGUCCGCACAGCCGAGGCCCGGUCAGCACACCCCACCAUGCCCCGCCGCGGGCCCGAGUCCGCGUUGCUGCUGCUGCUGGUGCCGGCGCUGCUGGGGGCGGCCACCGCGGCUCCCUUGGCGCUCAGACCCUCCAAGGAGGAGCUAACCCGCUGUCUGGCAGCGGCAGUCACAGAGGUGCUGACGCCAGGCCAGGCCCAGAGAGGACCCUGCAUGGCUCUCCUCCACAGAGAAAUGUGCGAGACAGAGCCCAAUAGCUGCAUGUCCCCUGGGGAGAAAGGCCUGCUGGUUGGAGAUUUCAAGAAGCAAGAAUCUGGGAAGGCCAGGUCCAGCCAGGAGGUGAGGGAUGAAGAAGAGGAGGAGACAACAGACAGGACCCACAAGUCUGAGGUCCAGGAACAAGCCAUCCACGAGAAACUCCACAGCUGGCUCCAACAGAAGGAGGAGGAGGAGGGGGAGGGGGAGGAGGAAAUGAAGAGGGGCCCCAUGGAGAUCUUUGAGGACCUGUGGCAGCAGCGUCUAGAGGGUGGAGGGGGCCUCCAGAAGCGAGUGGCAGAGAAGGCCAGAGAUGAGGAGACAGCUCAGUUCGAGGCAGAGAAGGGCAUGCAGGUGCUGGGCGGGGGCCACGGUUUGUGGCAGGGAGGGGAGGGGGGCGGAGGAGAGAGGCAUGAGGAGUCCCCGCACUACCACCACCACCGCCACCACCAACCAGAGGCUGAGCCCAGGCAGGAGGAGAACGAAGAGGCUUCGGAGAGGGAGGAGCAUGACAUGGAGCAGUUGGAGCAUGUGAGAGAGGAGCUGAAGAAGACCACGGAGAUCCUGGGGGAGCAGCUCAGGAGGGAGGGCUGAGCCCCAACACACCCUAUGGGUUAGGACGGUUGGCCCCCAAGCCCCCACCUCACCCAGCACCCUACUCCAGCCCCAUCUUGACAGAGGUGGGGAGAAAGGUGUGCCUUAGAACCAAGACUGAGGGCACCAAUCUGACAUGGGCACGGGGGCUGGGCUCAGAUCCACUCAGGAAAUACCCCCUACACCCAUCUGACCCCCUCCAGCCCUUCUGAGUGAAUAAAGCACAAAGAAAACCACCACGGCU